UUACUUGUACUAUAAACUUCCCAGACCACCAUCACCAUCCGGUCCACCACCAAGUUCCACCGCUCAAAUUGCUCCCUUUUGGCUUUGAAAACCCAGAUCAGGCAUGGCCUCUCCGGCCAUCCAAAGAUCCCCACUUCAACGGCUCUCCACUUUCAAAGACACCCCUCCACCAGUCACCACCACCGCCACCCCAACACCGCACAGCACCACCCCAACCCCACUGUCCCCUGCCCCUUCCGCUCUCGACUCCUUCUCCUCUGACCCCAUUUUCUCCUCCUUCCUCUCCUCAGAUUUUGAUUCCACCCGCUUCUCCUCCGCCGCCCUCUCCUCCGGCUCUGCCGCCUCCCGCAUUGAAAAGCUCCAAGAAGGCCUCCGCCUCCUCGACUCUCAGCUCCGCCAUGAUGUCCUCUCCCGCCACCAAGACCUCCUCCAACAGCUCUCCUCAAUUAAAGCCGCUGAUUCCGCUCUGUCCUCUCUCCGGUCGUCUGUCUCCUCUCUCCAAUCCUCCGUCAAGAAAAUUCGGUCCGAGUUAUCCGAACCCCACCGGCUAAUUUCGACAAAAACCCUUCAACUUUCCAACAUUCAUUCAACUGCUGAGCUGCUCCAAUCUACAAUUAGAACUCUCAGGCUAUCGAGAAAGCUCCGGGAUUUAUUUGAUUCGGCCCCGGAUCCUGAAAAGCUCGAUCUUUCGAAGGCGGCCCAGCUGCAUUUUGAGAUAUUAAGUAUGUAUAAUGAAUCCCAUUUGUCUGGGAUCGAUGUUGUGGACUCUGAGCUGAAAUGGGUCUCGGAAAUUGGGCAGAAAUUGCGAGCUGAGGGAAUGAGAGUGCUCGAAAGAGGGCUUGAAGGGUUAAAUCAGGCGGAGGUGGGGGCAGGUUUGCAGGUGUUUUAUAAUAUGGGAGAGUUGAGAGGGACUGUGGAUGGAUUGGUGAGCAAGUAUAAGGCAAUGGGAACUAAGAGUGUGAAUGUGGCAUUAGAUAUGAAGGCGAUAUCAGGUGGCGGCAGUGGAGGUGGUGGAUUUGCAGGGCCGGGAGGGGUGCAGAGGAGUGGAACACCUCAGAUUGGCGGUGGAGCUAAAGCAAAGGAGGCUCUUUGGCAGAGGAUGAAUGUUUGUAUGGAUCAGUUGCAUUCUAUUGUCGUUGCUGUUUGGCAUUUGCAGAGAGUUUUGUCGAAGAAAAGGGACCCCUUUACGCAUGUUUUACUCCUUGAUGUGGUCUUGCAGGUAGGGGAUCCUACGUUAACAGAUCAUAUUUGGGAGGCACUAGUUAAGUCUUUUGCCAGCCAAAUGAAGUCUAUUUUUACUGCAUCAAGCUUUGUGAAAGAGAUCUUCACUGUUGGGUAUCCAAAGCUCUUUGCCAUGAUAGAAAAUCUACUUGAAAGAAUUGCACGUGAUACAGAUGUCAAGGGAGUUCCACCAGCUCUCACUCAGGAAGGAAAGGAUCAGAUGAUAUCUGCCAUUGAAACCUUUCAGACAGCAUUUUUAGCCCUCUGCCUCAGUCGCCUCUCAGAUCUCGUUAAUUCAGUCUUUCCAAUGUCUAGCCGUGGAACUAUUCCAUCCAGAGAACAUAUGCUGAGGAUUGUAUCACGAAUACAAGAGGAGAUUGAAGGAGUACAACUGGAUCCGCGUCUGACUCUUCUUGUCUCGCGUGUGAUCACUAAAGUACUACAUCUGCUUGCUGAAAGAGCUGAGUACCAGAUAUCAACAGGUCCUGAAGCACGCCAGAUAAUGGGACCUGCAACUGUGGCGCAGCAGAAGAACUUCACACUAUGUCAACACCUGCAAGAAAUUUAUACACGUCUAUUUUCCCUAAUGGGAGGAUUGCCUGCUAUCGCCGUUGAAAUUAUGUCUCCUGCACUUGACGCUAUAUAUCGUGUUGCAUGUGAUUCAGUGACAUCCUUAUUCCAAGCCAUGCGAGAACGCCUAGAGUCCUGUAUUUUGCAAAUUCAUGAGCAGAAUUUUGCUACACUUGGCAUGGAUGCUGCUAUGGAUAACAAUGCAUCACCAUACAUGGAAGAGUUGCAGAAGAGCAUCCUUCACUUCCGUGCUGAAUUUUUAUCUCGGCUGUUGCCUAGAUCGGCGAGUGCUGCCUCAGUGGGGACUGAGUUUAUAUGCACUGGGCUUGUCAGGAACCUGGCUUCUCGGGUUUUGAUAUUUUUCAUUCGACAUGCCUCACUGGUUAGACCACUUUCUGAAUCUGGCAAGUUGAGGAUGGCUAGGGACAUGGCAGAGCUUGAGUUAGCAGUAAGCCAAAAUUUGUUCCCGGUAGAACAGCUUGGGGCACCAUAUCGAGCACUUCGAGCAUUCCGACCUGUUAUUUUCUUGGAAACUUCUCAACUGGAGGCAUCGCCACUUCUUCAAGAUCUACCACUGAGUGUCACACUGCACCAUCUUUACUCACGAGGACCAGAAGAGCUACAAUCACCUAUGCAAAGAAACAGACUCACACCUCAAAAGUAUUCAUUAUGGCUGGAUGAGAAAGGGGAGGAUCAGAUCUGGAAAGGAAUCAAAGCUACUCUAGAUGAUUAUGCUGCAAAGGUAAGAGCCAGAGGAGACAAGGAAUUCAGUCCUGUGUACCCUUUGAUGCUGAAACUGGGAUCAUCUUUAUCCGCAAAUGAGUCAUGACCUUGAAUAACAUGGAGUAAAUCUUUGACCAGUUGCCUUCUCCACAAGUUUUUGCUUAAAGAAUAUCGUUACAGAUGCUAUGCAGAUAUACCUCGCCCUCUUUUUAUAUGAAUUACCAUUUGUACAAGCCAUUAAAAUUAUAGAAGGAGACACCUCUUGUUUUGUUUCCCUAUGUUUCUCUAAAUUGAUAUUGUAGAAUGGUAGAAUAACCAGACACUACAAAUUCUUAUAAUCGUUAGAUAUGUACUCUUAACUGUUUCACCUCGUAUGUUUGUUAAUAGGGGUCUCUAUAUCUGUAUAAAGCUGAAUACGUGCAUUUUACUCGUACAAAUCCAGUUUUUGACAUAAUGAACA